CUGCUGCUGCAAGCCAUUUUGGUAUUGCACUGCCUUAGCCCUUUGCUUUGCUUUGCCAUAAUUUUUUCUAGGGUUCGAUCGAGGUGGGAGCGACGUGCGGAGCUCUCGGCUCCUCCCUUCUCUCUCUCUCUCUCUCUCGCUCUUGCUUCUAUUGGAUCGUCACCAGCUCCUCCAUCUCGUCGUGAUCGUCGGAUUUGUUUGGUCACAAUUUGGCUCGACCUCAAUGCAACGACAAUAGAAAUAAUCACUGAGUCAGGUUCCUUGGGAGCGGUCUGAAAGUUCAAUGCGCUAGCAAACAGCGGGACUUCAAAUGGGCUGUAUGUCAAGGGCUGAAUGAUCGGAACAACAUUCUCUCUUUUUGUGGACAUUGAAUUCUUAUUGCAAAUAAUACUCCAGACUGGUGGAGCUAGUGUUGGAAAGUCCUUUGUGUUCGUACAAAAAAGGAGGUCAACUAAGGAUCACACAGGAUGGGGGUGGUCAUAUCGAGAUUGUGGUUUUACAUGUUUCCGGCGAAAGAGUACAAAAUAGUUGUUGUGGGAUUGGACAACGCUGGGAAGACAACAACGCUCUACAAGCUGCAUCUGGGCGAGGUGGUGGUCACACAGCCCACAGUAGGCAGUAACGUGGAAGAGCUUGUAUACAAGAAUAUUCGUUUUGAGGUGUGGGAUCUUGGGGGCCAAGAGCGGUUGCGAACAUCUUGGGCCACUUAUUACCGAGGUACCCAUGCGGUGGUAAUGGUGGUUGAUAGUACAGACAGGGCGAGGAUAUCUAUCAUCAAAGAUGAGCUCUUCAAGUUGUUGCAACAUGAAGACCUUCAAGGCGCUGUCGUACUUGUGUUUGCAAACAAGCAGGAUCUGAAAGAUGCGAUGAAUCCAGCUGAAAUAAGUGAUGCGCUGUCUUUACACAGUAUUAAGAAUCACGACUGGCACAUUCAAGCGUGUUGUGCAUUGACAGGGGAGGGUCUCUGGGACGGUUUGGGGUGGGUUGCGCAGCACGUGACUGGAUCCAAAAUCACACCAUAGAGGAAAUGUUCUUCAAAGUCUAGCGAUUAGAGCAUCUGAAUGAUAAUGAUUCGAAAAACCAGCUUAGCAGUUGCUUGUUGGGGCUUGAAGAUAGUGCUGUGUUAGGCUUUUAACACCCCGAGUCAUAUCUUCCGAUUUCAAAGACAGUUGGACAUGAAAUGUCGAAACUCAUAACGAUGUCGGGACUUUUAAGAAAGACUUUCAUUUUGAUGAGCGUAAUUAUAAUGCACCAUGUGGUUUGCAAAUUGAAGUGAAGGUUUGUGGAAUAUUAGGAUUUUUUGGGCAAA